AUGGUAUUGGGUCCUUUUGUGCAUAUUGCCAGUAUAUGUGCAGCAGUGCUGAGCAGGGUCAUGUCAAUCUUCACCGGUGUGUAUGAGAACCCAUAUGGUUACUCAGACAUACUGACAGUAGGAUGUGCUGUUGGGGUGGGCUGCUGUUUUGGGACUCCCCUUGGAGGUGUGUUGUUCAGUAUUGAGGUCACAUCGACUUACUUCGCUGUGAGGAAUUACUGGAGAGGAUAUUUUGCUGCAACAUUCAGUGCCUUUAUAUUCCGAGUACUGUCAGUGUGGAACAAAGACUCUGUCACAAUAACAGCACUGUUUCGUACAAAUUUCCGUAUGGAUUUUCCCUUCGACCUGCAGGAGCUGCCAGCUUUUGCAAUAAUCGGGAUCUCAUGUGGGUUUCUAGGGGCGUUCUUUGUCUAUCUGAACAGACAAGUUGUUCUGAUCAUGAGGAGGCCAACAGCUCUAACACGCUUUCUCACGAAACACCGUCUGAUUUACCCUGGUGCCGUGACACUAAUCAUAGCUUCCUUCACAUUUCCUCCUGGUUUUGGACAGUUCAUGGCUGGAGAGCUGAUGCCCAGAGAGUGCAUUAAUUCACUAUUUGAUAACUACACUUGGACAAAGAUCUGGGGUUCACCAGUCCCUCCUGGAUUAGGUCGAUCUGCUGCCUGGCUUCACCCACAAGUCAGCGUCUUUGUCAUCCUUCUCCUCUUCUUUGUCAUGAAGUUCUGGAUGUCUGCAGUCUCUACAACAAUGCCAGUUCCUUCUGGAGCUUUCAUGCCUGUUUUUAUAUUGGGAGCAGCAUUCGGCCGUUUGGUGGGUGAGAUCAUGGCUACACUUUUCCCCAAUGGAAUUCUGUUUGAUGGGAUUGUCUAUCAAAUCCUUCCUGGAGGCUAUGCAGUGAUAGGGGCAGCAGCCAUGACAGGAGCAGUCACUCAUACUGUUUCAACAGCAGUGAUCUGUUUCGAGCUGACAGGCCAAAUCUCACACAUCCUACCCAUGAUGGUUGCAGUGAUUCUCGCCAACAUGGUAGCCCAGGGUCUACAGCCUUCUCUUUAUGACUCCAUCAUUCAGGUCAAAAAGCUGCCAUAUCUUCCAGAGCUCAGCAUUGGUCACAUCAGUAAAUAUAAUAUCUUUGUGGAGGACAUCAUGGUGAAGAAAAUAAAGUUUCUGUCACCUCAGUCCACUUAUAGAGAGCUGAAAGAUCUCCUGGAGUCCUCGUCUCUUAAAACCAUCCCGCUCAUUGAUUCCAAAGAAACGAUGAUUCUGUUGGGUUCCAUUGAAAGAUGUGAACUUCAGGCUGCCCUUGAUUGGUGGCUGUCGGCUGAGAGGCGGGUUUAUAACCGAGGUGGGGGAAUGGCCAGCCUAGUGUCUGAGGGCAGCUGGGAGUCCUUUAUCUUUGUGGAUGAGGAGGUUGGAGAAGAGAAUGGAGACAAGGGUAACCCGGUCUCUGAAGAGUGUAAUGGCCCACUAGGGUCAUCUAAAACCACAGACAUCUCCACUAAUCACACGACAUCUGGAGCCUUACAGACCAUGAGGAGGACACUUCAACGUCUUUUCUCUUCAUCUUCCUCAUCAGGGCAGACUAAGCCAGAGAGUCCUGCAGCUCCACCUGUAGUUGAUAACAUGACUCCUGAAGAGAUCAAAGCCUGGGAAGAUAAUGAGCUGGAUAAGCAGAUUGGCAUUGAUCAGAUCCGUGUUGACCCUUCACCUUUUCAGCUGGUGGAGAGAACAUCUUUGCAUAAGACUCACACAUUGUUCUCUCUUCUGGGUCUCAGUCAUGCAUAUGUAACCAGUAUUGGUAAACUGGUUGGGGUGGUCGCAUUAAAGGAGCUCCAGAAAGCAAUCGAGGGUUCAACACGCAGCGGUGUGCGACUGCGUCCCCCUCUGGCCAGUUUCAGAGACGCAAGACGGAAAACAAAAAAACCUUCUCAUUCCCCUUCUAUCCCAUCCUCUCCCACACAGGACAUAGAAUUAUGGAGUGAGGCAGUUAGAAGAGAAAGUAAAGAGGAGGCUGCUGGCAGUUGUAUUCAGACAGUUGAGAAAGAGUGUGAAAAUGGCAGAAAUAUAGUGAGCACCUCUGAGGAGCAGCUGCCUUCCUCUUCUUCUUCCACAGUCCCUCUCUCCUCACUUCAUUCUCUGCCUGAAGGAGAGGGCGAUGCUGAAAAAGAGAGCGAUGAGGAGCCAUUGUAAGUCUUUUGUUUAUUAAAUUCUAAAGUGUAGCCCUCAUAUGAUGCUGCACGAUCAGACUUUCUGACUGUCUGGACUGGUAUUUCUAUUUUCUUUUUUCUAAAUGUUUUUAUUCAGUUAUUUUUCUGUUUUUCUCUCUUUCUAUAUUUGUACAUAUGGUAUGGACAAUCAUUUGACACAUCACACUAAAUGUCUUCCCCAUGUUUGCCAAUUUGUCAUCUUACUUUUGCUACUGUACAUGAUCUGAGCCUUUACAAAUUACUUGUCUUUGUGUAGGCUGUAGUCAGGUUUAUUAAACAAUACUAAAUUAUGUUUUAUUUCAUCUUGCAGAUUUUAGGUAGCGUGAUUUUUCAUUUUUAUUUUUUUUACAGUGUAGAUGUAAACUUCAAAUUAAUAUUCUAGGUUCUGUACAAGUUCAGUUCAGUCUUGUUAUAUUGUUGACUAAAACUAUUAACCUUUAGUAGUAUUAACCAGUAUUGGGCAUGUUACUUUAAAAAAGUAAUAAUAUAUAGUUACUAGUUAGUAAUGAAAUUACAUCAUUAUAAAAGUAAUAAUUACUUGAGAAAGUAUGUUAUGUGUAUGGCAAAAACUUGGAUGCCCCAAUAUUAUACAUGUUGAAUGAAAUGGACACUAAAUUUAAUAAAUUAUUAGUAAAUGUUGCACACUAUUCUGUACUAAUAUAAUAAUGUUGAUGUGGGACAAUGUGAUAGACACCAAUCAAAUAUUUUAUAUAAAAUAUUUAAAUAUAUCAAUAUUUUAUUGUAAAUGCAAUAAUUUCUAUAGUAGCACAUACAGAGUUGAGCAAGCUUGAAAAAUGUAGUGAGCUAAGCUAUUAGCUAUCUACUACUUAAAAUGUAGCUUAACUACACUAAAAGCUAGCCCCUGGUAAAUGUAGCAAGCUAAGCUAAAAGCAUUUUUAAAAUGAAGCAACCUAAAUCCAAGUCAAUCAUAUCUUAGUGAUCAAUAAAUCUUUCAAUAAAACAUAUGAGGCAAAAUAGUUCAGUUCAGUUAUUUGCUGUAAACAUGCUGUACUAAACAGAGAGACAUUAUAGUAUAUAACAUCUAAAACAAAAAAUCCAAUAAAACCAGGUGUUACACAUUUAAAAUACUAUAGUAAUUUAUAGUAAAGGGAAAUAUUUAGCAAUAAGCAUUAUAUUGUGUGUGUGUG